AUGAGUGGUUAUUUACCCCCUGCAUUUCUAGAGGAUACUCUAAAAUCAGUAUCGGCUAACGUUACCCACAUCUAUCCAAAUGGUACAAUAGAAAUUAUCCACAGAAAAUCUUAUUAUAGCGGUCUAGUUCCAAAUCUAGGUUUCAAUAUCGCUAUGAUCGUAAUCUGGUCCAUCAUCCUAGGUGCAGAGACUCUAUCAUUAUAUUUCAAACAAUAUUGGUUUAGUAUUACAUUUAUUUGCGCAGCAUUACUAGAAAUCGUCGGUUAUGCAGGUAGAGUAUGGUCACAUUUCAACUUAUACGCAAGAUCCGCUUAUUUAAUGCAAAUGAUUUGUUUGACAAUUGCUCCUGUUUUCACAAUGGCUGGUAUGUAUUAUCAACUAGCAAAACUGAUAGAAAUUUAUUCUCAUAAAUUCAGUAUUUUACCUUCUCCAGUGCUAUAUUCUCAAAUCUUCAUCUUCUGUGAUAUUGUGUCAUUAGUUGUUCAAGCUGCUGGUGGUGGUAUAUCCGGUGGCGCUGUUAAGAGAGAUAAAAGUGUAAAACCAGGUGAGCAUGUUUUCAUUGCUGGUUUAUCCAUCCAAGUUGCCACUAUGUCCAUCUUUUUGUUCCUGUGGUGUCAUUUCGCAUAUCUGGUCUUUUACAAAUCAAGAAUGGAUCAUUUAGGAUUAAAAGGUUUCAAAACUCAUUUCAAAAUUUCCCAAAUAUGCAGUGUAUCUCAAGAAGAUAUUGAUUACAUGUAUAGAGAAAAAUUUGCUCCAUUAAGAAAUGAUACGACAUCUAAGGCUAGACACCUCUCAUUCAAAUGGUUUGCUUGGGCAUUUACAGUUUCCGUUUGUUGCAUUUUCGUUAGAUGUGCUUAUCGUCUAGCUGAAUUAGUAGACGGUUUCAAAGGUUUUAUUAUUACGCACGAAGUCUAUUUCAUUAUUUUAGAUGCUGUCAUGAUUUCAUUUGCGACUGUUAUUAUGUUGGUCAUCUUCCCAGGUAUUGCCUUCAAUGGUAGAGAAGUUAACAUUCCAAUCACCAGAGGAAGAACAGAUCCAGAACUAGACCAAUCUGAAGAUCCAGAGGGACAAUCUAGUUCUAGCGCCAUGUCUGAAAAAUCUGGUGGUCCCGAAGAUAAGACUACAGAGCUUGAGGAGAAGAAAUCUAUUUUCAAAAAGAUCUUCAACAAUCCUUUUAAGAAAUAA